ACGAUAUGACAAAUUUCUGGAUUCUAUUCGUUAUUUUUUCGAUUGUUGUAUACGCAGAAAGUUAUAAAGGAGAGUUAUUAGCUUCUGUUGUGAUCUUCAGAGAAGGUCAAAGAACACCCCUGAAGGAAUUCUCUCAAGAUCCUUGGAAAUCAGACUGGGAAUCUAUUGGAUAUGGCCAAUUAUCCAAGUCUGGGAAGAAACAAAUGUACGAACUGGGAAAGUGGAUACGUGAACGAUACGCUGAACAUUUACCCCCAGUGUACACUAAGAAUUCGAUACAUGUCCAAGCCAUAGAUUUCGACGAAGCCAUAACAUCAGCCUAUAUGGUCCUUGCUGGACUCUACCCACCUGUUGAUAACCAAACUAACGACGUAGCAGAUCAACAACUCAUACCAGUCCACACAGAGAAGAUCAGCAACGAUUUUCUCUUCAUGGGCGCAGCUUGCAAACAAUUUCCUGCGUCCACAACCACUUCUUCUUUCCGAGAGUCAGAGUACACAGAUAGAGACCGCUUGGAAGAAAGGCUAGGUAUGAAGUUUGACCCCAACAUCACUCUUCUGGAUGUAUUUGACACCAUAUCUGCAGCCAGAGCUAUGAACUUGGACAAAAAACCCUCUUGGUCCGAUGUUAACUUCAUGAACGUGAUAGAGAACAACAUUUUCAACCAAUUGGCAGAGUCAACGUCAACACUGGACCAAGCGAAAAUCAAGAUUGGUCCACUUAUUUACGAAAUAACAGAGUAUAUGAACCAAUUCAUACCUGGGCCUCCCAAAAAUGUGUACAAACCGAAAUUCAAGGCUGUUUUCUACGCUGCUGUCCUGGACACGAUGAUCAGUCUGAUAAAUGGCUUACAAACUGCAGAGGUGCUAGUGUUGCCAGACCAUAUACCGGAAUUUGGCUCGUCCAUCAUGUUCGAGCUCCGGGAAGGCUAUUUGGGCCAUAAGUAUAUCAACAUCUUCUACAAGAAUUCCACUGACGAUUUGGCACAGAUCAAAAUCAAAGAUUGCAGUCUUGACUGUGACUACCAGAUAUUCUUGAAGAAAGUGCAACCGCUGAUUCAUGAGCAUGAGACAGCUGUGGCUGAAUGUGAGGAUGGACCAUACGAAGAACCACAAUCUUUGGAGGACAAAUAUUAUGGCGUUAUUUUACCUUUCGGGCUGUAGAUACACGCUUAUCAUGAUUAUCGACAUAUUUGAUCACAUUCUAUUAUUAUCUCUAGAGAGGUUUGGUUGAAAUUACUGUUAGGAAGCGUUUUCAUCUACUCCUAUGCGAACUGGU